UGACGCACUUUAUGUCAGCUACAUAGCUAGCCAGCUAGCCGAGUGUAUUGUUUGAGUUCGUUUUAUUGCAGUAAUGCUAAAUUGUGCCGAUAUCGUCCGGCCGAAGUCCGUGUUUAAUUCAGGUUCAAAUGCGUCACAUCCAGCUAGAAACAGUGGCAGAGCUGCGCAGUGAAUCAUGAGGCUGCUAUGAAAAAUUCAGGAGAACAGUUGCUGCUUCUGUCCAGGUCACUUCCAGUCACCUGCAGGACCAGGACGGAAACCUCAAGCAGGAUUCAGUCACUCCUGCCCCCGGCCUGACUGCUGUGGCACUUGGAGGCAUGAACGCAAUGGCCAGUGUACAACAGACUGAUCUGUCAUAUGCGUGGGAAAAGUAUAUGGACUGUAGGCUGCAGGGAGCGGAUCUGCAGGUCAGUCUUCAGAGUCUGGAGAAUUUCCUGUGCCUCUUCCACUAUGUGCAGCAUCAUCCCAGCCACAGCACCAAAGAUGCACUGAAAUUCUGCUCAGACAUGAGUGGGGCCAGUAACACACUGGCGAGGGAGUUCCUGACUGAUGUACAUCAACUAUGCAGUGCAGUGGCUCAGCGAGCAGAGGCUCGAGAGGAAGAUGAGGAGGAGAGUCACAUGGUGGCACUGGGGGAGUACCUGGUCAGGGGACGGGGCUUCCUGCUGCUCAGCACGUUGGACUCGAUCAUUGACCAGGAGCUGACCUGUCGAGAGGAACUGCUCACUUUGCUGCUAUCUCUACUGCCACUGGUGUGGAAGAUCCCUGUACAGGAGGAAAAAGCCCCUGAUUUCAUCCUGCCAUCCCUGCUGGAGGUAUUCCUUACCCGGGAGGUGAAGGCUGUCCCGCUCAAGGCAGGACAGAAGGCUGCACCAGAUGAACAGAAUUCUGGGAAGAGGUCCUGUGUCAGCAGUGGAACCUGGAAGUCACGGAGGUCACACAGAGCAGCACAGAGGUAUUCUGUCAAGGAUGCGCGCAAGUCCCAGGUUUCUACCUCGGAUUCGGAAGCAAACUCUGAAGACAAAGCACUCCCAGCACCAAGUGGUGCAAGGAGUCGAAGAUCACAUGGUUCCACAAUCAGGUUAAGCUAUCAGCAUCAUCGGUCUGAGUACUCACAGUUCACAUCUACCGCCAGCACCACAGCAGAAAUCAUGAGUGCACCAUACCCACAUCCCCGAGCCCCUGGGUCCCAGACAGCAGACACUGAAACCCUGACUGAUCCAGCUGCAAUAUCAAUAUUUAACCGCAUGGAAAACUCUCCGUUUGAUCUCUGCCACGUGUUGCUUUCCCUACUGGAGAAGGUGUGUAAGUUUGACAUGAACAUCAACCACAACCCUGGCCUUGCGGUCAGUGUUGUUCCGACACUCACUGAGAUCCUAACUGAGUUUGGAGAUUGUUGUUGUCCAGGGGGAGGUGGUGGAGGUGGAACUGGGGCAGAGGAGCUUGCUGGAGGCUGGACCGAAGAACCCAUUGCCCUGGUCCAGAGGAUGCUACUACGCACCAUCCUACAUCUCAUGUCAGUAGAUGUAAGUCAGAGUGAAACCCUUCCAGACAGUCUGAGACGCAGUCUUACAGACCUGCUGCGAGCCACACUAAAAAUUCGGAGCUGCUUGGACAGACAAACAAACCCCUUUGCACCUCGGCAAAAGAAAACCCUGCAGGAGGUCCAGGAUGACUUUUCAUUCUCACGCUAUCGUCACAGGGCACUACUGCUGCCAGAGCUUCUAGAGGGAGUCCUACAGGUUCUUCUUGGUUGCUUGCAGGCUUCCACACCCAACCCCUUUUUCUUUAGUCAAGCACUGGAGCUCAUCCACGAAUUUGUCCAGCAUCGUGGCCUAGAGCUCUUUGAGGCCACAGUGCUGCGGCUAGAGGGACUUGGCAGGGCAAGGGAUUCUGAAGUAGGAGGUGAGGCUUCAGAGAGGCUACGAGGUCUCAUUGCAGGGGUCUUCAAAAUCAUCAGUGCUGUCAAGAAAGCAAAAUCAGAGCAGCUGCAUCAGUCUGUAUGUGCCAGGCGGCGUCAUCGCCGUUGUGAAUACUCACACUUCUUGCAUCACCAUAGAGAUCUGUCAGGGUUGCCUGUCUCUGCUUUCAAACAGGCAGCUAGACGCAACCCCUUUGAAGAGGAUGGAGACAGCAAGGACGAGACGGAUGGUGAUGUGGUGCGUUACCCUGAGCGCUGCUGCUGCCUGGCUGCCUGUUCUCACCAAUGCUUGCGGCUCUUGCAGCGUCUAUCCUCAAGUGGACCAGCUAUACUGCAGGUACUUGCUGGGGUACAGGCUGUUGGAAUCUGCUGCUGUAUGGAGCCUCGCUCAGUUGUAGGACCCCUGUUACAUGCUUUCCAAGCCCCUGGUCUGCGUAGUUACCAGUCUCAUGUUCUCAGUGUCUUGAGUAGACUUAUCCUAGACCAGCUUGGUGGAGGCCAGCCCUCAGAGAAAGCCAAACUGGCCUCUUGUAAUAUCUGCACUCUAGACAGCAGCCAGUUGCCAGGCCUGGAAGAAACACUGCAGCAUGGGGAACCUUCAGCCGUUCCUCCCAGUCUGCGCUACCGCUCCCAGGGUAUUCUGCCAAGUGGAGGUGGGGCAGAGGACAUGCUGUGGAAGUGGGAUGCUCUUGAGGCCUAUCAAGAGCUUGUGUUUGGUGAGGAUUGGCAGCUGAGCCAACAGAUAGCUGGCCAUGUGUGCUACCUGACCCUGCGGGGCAAUGCUAUAGUGCAGUGGCAGCUCUACACGCAUAUCUUCAACCCUGUUCUCCAAAGAGGAGUAGAGCUAGCCCACCAUGCCCAACAGCUGGGGGUUUCCACUGUUUGUACUCAGGUCUGCAGCUAUCAUACAAAGUGCCUGCCUGUGGAGGUACUUCUCACAUACUUGCAAACAUUACCUGCCCUCCUCAAAUCAAGGGUGAUACGAGACCUCUUCAUCAGUUGUAAUGGGCUCAAUCAGGUGACUGAGCUGGUCUACCUAGACCAGACACGCUCUUUGGCUCUAAAGGUUUUUGAGACUCUGAUCAUAGGCAUUGGACACCAACAGACUUAUGGAGUGCUUCAGGAGCUUGAGUGUGCCGAUGGAGAAGAAACAGAGGCAGUCUUGGGUCUUGCUGAAGAAUUAGGGUCCAGAGUGGCUGGAGAGGGCCCGCAGAGCCUCAGCAAGUUCUAUGAAGGCCUAAAAGUGGCAUAUCCACAUCACAAAAGCCGAAGUGGGCAUGGUCGAGGACCAGGGCGCAGCCGAGCUGAGACGCAUCUCCAUGUUAUCAACCUCUUUCUCUGUGUGGCCUUCCUCUGUGUCAGCAAAGAGGCAGAUUCUGACCGGGACUCGGCUAAUGACUCUGAAGACACCUCAGGUUAUGAUAGUACAGCUAGUGAACCUCUUGGUGGGCGGCUGCCUUACCUGUCCCCAGAAAGUGUAGCUCUGCCCUCCAAAGAGCAGGUACAACGUGCUGCAGAUGUCUGGUCAGUGUGUCGGUGGAUCUACCUGGCCAGCCCCUUGUUUCAGCGGCAGUUUUUCAGGCUUGGUGGACUUGAUGUCUGUUUGCGCCUCAUGGUCAUGGUUAUUCAGAAACUUGCCUGUAAGACCAAGGAUGGAAAAGCAAAAAAGAAGAGGGAUGGUAAGAGCAAAGGCAGCCCUGAGUCCACAGUGCCAGCCACUUCUCUGUGUCGGGAGGAGACACCAGACACCCUUGGCCAUGGUCCUGCUGAGGCUAAGAACAAAGAUCCUGCAAAGAAGCUGGAGGAGGAGUGGCAACUUCAAAGUAUUCGAUUGCUUGAGGCUCUACUGGCUAUUUGUCUGCAUAGUGCUAACUCAGCCCUGCAGAAGAUAGAGCCUGAACUGUCUUAUCAGCUCCAGUCAGUACAGGAAACCCUGCUGGAAGUGAGAGACCAGCUCUCUCGCUCAGGUGUGGUGAACUCUGACCUUGCUGUACCUCUGUUUGACUCUCUCCUGAGAGUUGCUAUGGCUGAGGUGUCAUCCUGUUCUGAUCCUCCUGAGGAGAAGCCAGACAGGGUGAGUCCUGCCUUGGGAAAACAUAAGCUCCAGGUAUUGGCAGAGGGGGCGGCUCCAGCAGACGAUCUGUCAGAGGAGGUGGAUGAGGUGCAGAGCUGUGCCGUCAAGCCCCCUGGGGAGGAGGAGGGCUACGACGCUGACAGCGAAAGCAACCCCGAGGACAUGGCCAAGCAGGAAGAAGGAGUUAAGCUGGAGUCAGGCCUGCUGCGUGAGUUUGUGGCAGUGGCAGAUGGGCCCCAGCAUGGCAUGCUGUUAUUCCCCGAGAUCUGCACGAUGGAGUUACAGCUUCUCGCCAGCGGCUCCCCAGACCUGGAGGUUCUGAGUCACGUGUUUCAUAGUUUGCUGGAUGCAGUAAAGGCCAACCACCGUAAUGCUGCCUUGCUCUAUGACCAGGGAGGAGUCAAAACCAUUCUCUCUGGUUUUCACAACAUCCUCAGCCAAACGGACCCCUCCUUUACAGAUUGCCAGACUGUGCUAGUGGAGCUGUUGGUUGCCAUGGUGAGCCAGCGAAUCACAGCGGAAGAACUGGCUCUAUUGAUUCGCCUUCUUCUGGAGAAGACCCCACCUACUGAGAUUUUACUGAACGGUAUCCUGCAAGUUGUUGAAGCCAACAUGACUAUGGAACCUCUCCACUUCCUAACCUUUCCAAUAAUCCUUGGGGCUUUAACACCCGUUGCGCUGUCCCCUGGCUUCAGACAGAAUGGUGCUGCUGGAGGGAAAAGUGUUGGUUUACUCUGGAAAGGCAAGCUUUCUGCUGGGCGCAGAGAAGGAGAUACUGAGUACCGAGCAAGCCACCUCCGUUCCUCUCCCUGGCACACUGCUCCUCUGCACUUGCCCUUAGUAGGACAGAACUGCUGGCCCCACAUGGCUAGUGGUUUCAGCGCCUCUAUGUGGCUUAGGGUAGCAGAGCAGGAGGAGACGGACAGGGACAGAGACAAGGAAGAGAGUAACCUGCCUGCAGCCGAGUUGCACCAUGGCUGCUCUCAGGCUGGGACAAAUUUGGUAGAAGAAGGGCUCACGCACAUUCUGUCCAUGGGCUCCAAGGCACUGAUGCUUCAAGUAUGGGCAGACUUCUCAACAGGUUCUCUCACAUUCAGAAUUUGUAUUGACCCAAAUGAUGAGAUAAAAGCAGGACUGCUAGCUCAGGCAGACUCUAGUGAGGGACUGCUUGGGCGGGGCCAGUGGCAGCACCUCGGCCUCACUUAUACCCAGCAACCAGAGGGCAAGAAGAACAUCCACGGCCGUGUGGUUGUUUGGGUGUGUGGUGUCAGGAACUGUGAGGUUUCUUUGGACUACACCCUACCUAGAAAGUCGAGUUUAUCUUCUGACAGCAACAAAACCUUCUGCAUGUUGGGCCACUGCAUGCCAUCCUGUGAAGAGAUAUUGAAGCAGGGUGCUCGCUGGAACAUGGGCACUGUGCUUCUCUUCAAUGGGUCUCGAAUAGGGUCUGAGGAGGCCUUCCACCUGUACACCCAGGGGCCUGACCUCACCUCCAUCAUGCCCUGCAAAUAUGGCCAGCCACGUGGGACAUUCUCCAAGUUUGUCACUCAGGAAGGGCUUAAGUGUGACCAUGUACGAGAAAUUCUGAUGAAGAGCAAGGAUGUGGACACGGCAGCUUUGGUGGAGAGCUUGGCAGUUGUGUAUGCCCCCGGCAGCCCCAAAGUCUACACUAUCUAUGAGCCUGUGAUCAGGCUGAAAGGCCAAACCAAGACGGUGGUUACCCAGCGUCCCUUCAGCUCCAAAGAGGUGCAGAGUGUUUCCCUGGAGCCCAACACUCUCAGGACUCUGCUCCCCACUGAAACCCAAGGCCUCCAGAGUGUCCUCCACAAGAUUGGAGGAACAGGGAAUUUUGUCUUCCUAUUUGCACAGACGGUGGAACUGAGUGACUGUGAGAAGACCCAGGCUCUGGCCCUGCAGGUGUUACUGUCUCUGUCCAAGAUUAACCAACACCGCAUUCAUGAAAUGGAUUGUUAUCAUGGCUACUCUAUGAUCCACCAAGUCCUCAUCAAGUCCAAAUGCAUCGUGGGAUAUCAUAUGCUGAAAACUCUGUUGGACGGGUGCUGCAGUGGACCCAUACUCAUCCUGGGGGAGGAUGGGCAGUAUCGUUUGGACACCAAGUCCAUCGCUGUGGUGCAGGACAUCAGGCUUCUCUCAGACAUCCUGUUGGACUGGAAGAUAUGGGCUAAGGCUGAGGGUGGAGUGUGGGAAACAUUGCUUGCUGCCUUAGAGAUCCUCAUCAGGGUACACCACCCUCAUCAGGUUUUUAACAUCCGUCAGUUUCUCAAUGCUGAAAUAGUGCACCGCUUCCUACUCACCUGCCAGGUGUUACAGGAGCAUCGGGAUGAACAUCUGACUGCCAUCCCGCAGGAAGUCUGUUUGUCUUUUGUCAGAAUCAUCCAGGAGGUGCUUGGUUCACCUCCAGACAUGGACCUGCUCAAACUGAUAUACAACUUCCUGCUGGCUGUUCACCCACCCACCAACACCUACGUCUGCCACACUCCAUCUAGCUUCUACUUCUCACUACACAUAGAUGGGAAGCUGUACCAGGAGAAGGUGCAGUCCAUUAUGUCCCUGAGACACUCCAACAGUGGAGGAAAGUCUGCCAGCAGUUCUGUGAUGUCACUCUCCCCGACCGUCUUCACUGAUACUCCCCACAAAGGCCACGUCCCUGCUCCUUCCCCUGAACAUGGAGGUGAUGAUCAGUCGUUACGGCCACCCAGUGUGGCACCAUCGCCAUACUCGUCCCCACUGCUGACACCUCGACUUGGACACGGUAAAUUAAACGAGGCAAGUGAAGGUGACAGGGUCUCGCUUGCAACUCAGCAGGCUCGGGGCAGCACAGAAACACUCAAGAAAGGUGGAGGUGAUGAGCAGCUCCUAAGCAGCUGUGAGUCAGCCAAGACCAUCUGUGACUCUAAUGACAUCGGUGAGGGAGGAGCCCAACGUCCGCCCUCCAUUAGUGUAGAGGAGGAGCGGGAUGAAGCAGCGGAGCUGGACAGUCUGGCGGAAGGGAGUGUGGGUGUGGCAGAGUCUGACGACAGAUUUGAUUGGGCCAGUGAUGAGGCACCACGACGCCCUGACAGUUUGAAAGGCAUCCAGUCUUUCCAGAGAAGCCAUAGUAACCUUGCUAGCCUGGGCCUGGCUUUCCCAGCACCAAAUGGCUCGUUGGCAGUCGGCCGCUGGCCCAGUGCAGCUGAUAGAGGCUCCAUGCCUGAAGACUGGGAAAGCUACACAUACUCUCCUGGCUAUGAGAGGGCCCACAGCAAAACCGAGUCCAGUGACAGGUCCAGUACUGAGGACUGCCUGGUGCUGAUCUGCUGUGGCCUCUAUGAUCUUCUGAGAGGCGUCUUGUUGCUGUUGCCUGAUCUCAUGCUUGAGGAGGUGAUGGACAAACUCAUUCAGCCAGAAGCUCUCAUUGUCCUUGUCAACCACUCGUCACCUCUUAUCCAGCAAGGAGUCAUGAAGCUGUUGGAUGCCUAUUUUAGCCGUGCUCUCAAGGAGCAGAAGGAGAAAUUCCUGAAGAACCAUGGCUUCUCACUGCUGGCCAACCAGCUAUAUAUCCAUCAGGGCAGCCAGGGGCUGCUUGAAUGCUUCCUGGAGAUGCUAUUUGGGCGGCCAGUGGGCCUAGAGGAAGAUCUUGACCUGGAGGAAAUGGAAAAUAUCUCACCAUUCAGAAAACGCUGUAUCAUCCCAGUCCUGGGUCUUAUUGAGAACUCCCUUUAUGAGAACUCCUUGGUGCACAACAUAUUGUGUAUGCUGUUGCAGCUUCUCAAUGCUUGCCCUAAGCUGGCAGACAUCCUGCUUGACCAUGGGCUGCUCUACGUGCUCUUUAACACUCUCUCUACCCUCAAUGGCAUGGAGAACAGUAUCCCUCUAAAUGACUACAAGCUCUUGGUGUGUGACAUCCAGCAGCUGUUAGUAGCCGUGACCAUCCACUCCUGCAGCUCAUCAGGGUCCCAGUACUUUCGCAUCAUCGAAGACCUCAUUACCUUGUUGGGUUUCAUGCAGACCAGCAAGAUGCGUCGCACACAGGAGAUGGCAGUAGCAUUGCAAUUCCGAGUCCUUCAGUCAGCCAUAGAAUUUAUAAAGACUACAGCCAAUCAAGAACCUCAAAGGCUGAGCAGCUCUGUUAAUGCAUCAAGCUCGCCACAUCACGCCAUGUAUCAGAAGCGCAAGAGCAUUGCAGGUUCCAUUGCCAUGAAAGACUCCAUUAUCCCCCGCAUCCCCAGACAGCACUACUGCUCCUAUGGCCAGAUCCCCCUGUCCCCUCCCUUCAGCUUCCUGUCCCAGGACUCCCCCCUCCCCUCCCCCUCAGGAACGUCAUCCUACAUGCUCCACUGUGACGCAGGUCGUCGGCGGUUUUCUUUGGCCCAAACUGACUCUCUGUUGAUGCGGAUGCGCUCUGUAGCCAGCGAUGAGCUCAACCACAUGAUGCAGAGGAGGAUGAGCCAGGAAAACCCCAUUCGUGCCAGCGAGACUGAGUUCGUCCAACGGUUGCAGAGACUUGUUGUUCUUGCUGUCAACAGACUCAUUUACCAUGAUGUGAGUCAGGACUUAUUUGACCUGCUAAAUAUUCCCGACUCUCCAGACCAACAGCUUUUUACACCAGAUCCAGGUGAUCAAGCACAUGAUGAGAGUGGCUCUGCCUCUGUCCCACACUCUCCCACUCCCUUUACCCUACCACCUGCCAGCAAGAAGAGCUUUCAGAAAGACAUCCUCAGACUCAUGAUGGAUGGAAUCAAAAUUAGCCUGGGCAGCACAGGUCGGGGAGGAGCUCCACAUCAGCAGUGGCGAAGAAUCCUGUGGUCUUGUCGGGACACUUUUCGGGUUCAAAUUGGUCGCCUCCUGGUGCACACAUUCAGCCCUGCACUUCCCCUGUCUGACAGGAAAGAGGCGCUGGAUUUUGUGUUUGAUCCCAGACAUUUAGACAUCCUCAAGGAGAGCCUCAGUCCAGGUCUAGAGCAUGGGCCAAAGUUGUCGCUGUACCUGUAUGAGAUGCUGCACGAUCACAAGGACAGCCUCACCAAAGAUGAGCAGAAUGCUGUGGGUGUAUUCAUGACCUCGCUGAAGCUUUGUGGCCAUCGCUGCAUCCCACCCAAUGCCCCACACAAACAAGAGUUGCUCAGGGCCAUAAAAGAAGAAAAAAACAAGUAUGAAGCCGAAGAGAAAACAAGCAAAGUGGCAUGGGAAAAGAAAAUAACCAACACUCAAAGGAAUCUUGUCCAAAGGCUUGAUGGAAAGUCCAAGGACAUUUCUAAGAUAGCAGCUGAUAUCACUCAGAAUGUUUCUCUACGGCAAGGCAUGGAGAGAAAGAAAGUCAUCCAGCACAUCAGAGGACUCUAUAAGACUGACCUCAGCGCCAGCCGCCACUGGCAGGAGCUGGUGCAACAACUGACGCAUGACCGUGCGGUUUGGUACGACCAGACAUCGUACCCAACAUCCUGGCAGCUGGACCCCACCGAAGGGCCAAACCGGGAGCGCCGGCGAUUACAGAGAUGCUACCUCACCAUCCCCAACAAAUACCUGCUCAAAGACAGGCGCAAGUCUGAAGACACCAUGACACCGCCACUGUCCUUCCUGUUUGAGGAUAAGACUCACUCCUCCUUUUCCUCCACUGUCAAAGACAAAGCCACCAGUGAGGCCAUCAGGUUCACUAGGCGGUGCAUUAGUGUCGCGCCCUCCAGAGAGACGGUGGGAGAGCUACUUCUGGGAAAGUCUGGGAUGUACUUUGUAGAAGACAAUGCAGCUGAUGCUCAUGACAACCAGAGCCUUCAUGGGGAGACUGAGGCCCCUUCUUUCUCCUGGACGUAUGAGGAGAUCAAGGAGGUACACAAGCGCUGGUGGCAGCUAAGAGACAAUGCUGUGGAGAUAUUCCUCACCAAUGGCAGGACCCUGCUGUUAGCCUUUGACAAUACCAAGUUCCGUGACGACGUCUACCACAACAUCCUGACCUCUGAUCUGCCCAACCUGCUGGAGCACGGCAACAUCACGGCACUCACACAGCUGUGGGGCUCUAGUCAGAUCACCAACUUUGAGUACCUCACACAUCUCAACAAGCACGCAGGGCGCUCCUUCAACGACCUCAUGCAGUAUCCUGUGUUCCCCUUUAUCCUGCGAGAUUACACCAGUGAGACGCUCGACCUGCAGGAUCCAAGCAUCUACAGGAAUUUGAGUAAACCCAUUGCAGUCCAGUCAAAAGAAAAAGAGGAUCGAUAUGUGGACAAUUACAGGUACUUGGAGGAGGAAUACAAGAAGGGCAUUCGUGAGGAUGAUCCCAUGCCGCCUGUCCAGCCUUACCAUUACGGCUCACACUACUCCAACAGUGGCACUGUGCUGCACUUCCUGGUCCGGAUGCCUCCUUUCACCAAGAUGUUCCUUGCCUACCAGGAUCAGAGCUUUGAUAUCCCGGACCGGACGUUUCACUCCAUGAACACGACGUGGCGACUGUCCUCCUAUGAGUCCAUGACUGAUGUGAAAGAGCUCAUCCCAGAGUUUUUCUACCUCCCAGAAUUCUUGGUUAACAGAGAGGGUUUUGAUUUUGGUGUUCGUCAGAACGGUGAGAGGGUGAAUCAUGUGAAUUUGCCACCCUGGGCUCGCAACGACCCACGUCUGUUCAUCCUGAUCCACAGACAAGCCCUAGAGUCUGACCAGGUCUCCCAGACUCUGUGUCAGUGGAUCGACCUGGUGUUUGGGCUCAAGCAGAAAGGCAAAGCUGCUGUCCAAGCCAUCAACGUCUUCCACCCUGCUACUUAUUUUGGCAUGGAUGUUUCGUCUGUUGAAGACCCAGUACAGCGACGGGCCCUGGAGACAAUGAUCAAAACAUACGGACAGACGCCCAGGCAGCUCUUCAAUGCCUCUCACAUCAGCAGGGCCGGGCCAAAGCUCACGAUUGAUGGAGAGCUGCCAGCAGCCAUGGGACUCCUGGUCCAGCUGGCCUUUAGAGAAACCAGAGAACAGACCAAAGAAAUUGUUUGCCCGAGCCCGCUACCAUGGAUCAAAGGUCUGAAGUGGGGUGAGUAUGUGGGCUCGCCCUCUGCUCCAGACCCAGUGGUGUGCUUCAGCCAGCCACACGGGGAGAGGUUCGGAUCCCUGUUGGCUCUUCCCACGCGAGCCAUCUGCGGCUUGUCCCGCAAGUUCUGCCUCAUGAUGAUUUACAGCAAGGAGCAAGGUGUGCGGAGCAUGCACAGCACAGACAUCCAAUGGUCAGCCAUCUUGAGCUGGGGUUAUGCAGACAACAUACUGAGGCUGAAGAGCAAACAGAGCGAACCACCUAUCAACUUUAUUCAGUGCUCACAACUACACCAGGUGACCAGUUGUGCCUGGGUGCCCGAUAGCUGCCAGCUAUUUACAGGUAGCAAGUGUGGAGUCAUUACCGCCUACAGCAACCGCUUCACCAGCACCACGCCUUCAGAGAUGGAGGUAGAAUCUCAGGUUCACCUGUAUGGACACACGGGGGAAGUCACCAGUCUGUUCGUCUGCAAACCAUACAGCAUCCUCAUCAGUGUCAGCCAAGACGGCACCUGUAUCCUCUGGGACCUCAACAGGCUGUGUUAUGUUCAAAGCCUCACAGGACACAAAAGCCCAGUGACUGCUGUGUCUGCAAGUGAGACCACAGGUGACAUCGCAACAGUUUGUGACUCAGUGGGCGGAGGCAGUGACCUGCGUCUGUGGACGGUGAACGGCGAUCUGAUCGGUCACGUCCACUGCAGAGAGAUCAUCUGCUCUGUGGCGUUCUCCAACCAGCCGGAGGGUGUGUCUGUCAACGUCAUCGCCGGUGGGCUGGAGAAUGGUGUUGUUAGGUUGUGGAGCACCUGGGAUUUGAAACCAGUGAGAGAGAUCACCUUUUCCAAGUCAAGCAAACCUAUCAUCAGCCUGACGUACUCGUGUGACGGUCACCACCUCUACACAGCCAACAGUGAGGGUACGGUGAUGGCGUGGUGUAGACGGGACCAGCAGCGCAUGAAGCUGCCCAUGUUCUACUCCUUCCUUAGCAGCUACGCUGCAGGUUGACCGCGCGUCUGACAUUUAUGACUGUCCACCUCUCAGCGGGGGGAGCUCCCUCUUCCUCCCUGCUUUCUUCCUCCUCUUCCUCAGGAGAGGACUUGUCAGCAUGGCCUCAACCUCCCUCAACCCUCCUUGACUUUUAACUAAAGCCAUCCCCAGCUAAGCGAUUACUACUCCCAGCAUCCAGAAAUGAUGAUAUAAAAUAGUAUUAUAUGUUUAUAAAUAUAUAUAUAUAUAUAUAUACAUAUAUACAUAUGUGUGUAUAUAUUUAUAAACAUAUUGUGGUGGAAAGGAUGGAUAUUUGGUUGAGGCUGCAACAGACACUUUACACAAAAUGCAUUUGUGCAAGUAUGUUUGGUCUUUUGUGUUUUGUUUUUCUGUUAGUUUGUUUCCUACUCUUGAGUUUCUGUUGCCUGUGCGAUGUAUAUGUUUUUUUGCUCUGUCCUGGUAAGCUGCUAUGGUAUGGCUGAAGUCAGAUCGAAAGUGUUCGCGUCCGCCCCCGUCUCCCAUUUCACCGUCGCUCGGAUCUCCCGCAGCGCGUCGUCUGACAAAUUGGUGCCAGAGCUCAGUAAGAGUGUCCUGCUGACGCUGCAGUAGUUAGUAGGAAGGAAGGGAGGGAAGGAAGGUGGGAGCCCGUCCUCGCGUCUGUCACCAGGAGACGACCUGCUCUGUGGGAGUGAGACGCUGCUGUGAUGGGCUGUCUGCUCCACUCACGUCUGAGUUCUUGUGUCGCGUCCCUGCAUGACUGUGUAUCUGCGCUCAGCGGAAGAUAAUGGGAGAACCUGGGAAUGAAGUGUACCUCGCCUUGGCUGUUCUGUCCUACUCCUGCAUGCUAGGAUGAUGCUGACCUUGACUCUGUGACCUCUACUGUCAUGGCACUCCUUUUUAUUAAUGCCUGUCUUUGCUGAACUCUCCCUUUACAUCCAGAUAUGAUUUAUUUAUUAGAAAAAUCUUCCCUUCCCUUGUGUUUUACUCUCUGCUGCUCAAAUGCACUAAAACCUUUCACUCCGUCAGCAAGCUCGCUGAGAUAAUUCCAGAGAGCAGUUAACAAACAGCAUCGACUGCCUAAAGCUAGAAAAGAUGCAGAGAAGAUGAUCCUGUAAACCUCCUCAUCCUCACUGAAGCUUCAUACCUGUGCAGCUUUUAGGGGACAGUUUAGUUUUAUUCAGUUUAAGUGGCGAUGCAUGAGGUACGUAUGCAGAGUUAAUGUGUUGUAUUUUGUGGGAUGCCUGUUAAUAGGAGACAUUAGAACUGGAACUGCUUUCACGCUUUGUUUUAAAGUUAAUGGGGGGGACGGCAGAGAAAAUGUCCCAAAACCCAACUGAGAAAAUAAGCAACUUUCCAGCUGUUUGCUACAUUUAGAACACUUUCUGGGGUUUGCAACGCUGUCUGACGCUGUUUUUGGAAGUAUAACCCAAACAGCUGCUUUAAAACACAGCUUUAAAAAUGAUUCAAAACAUUCAGAAAUGAUGUAACAUUAUAUGUGCGCUGCUCCCUUAAACACUUACACUGUACAGUUUUUUCUGCUGCCCCUGUUUCACAUCCAAACAAUACACAGAUCAUGUUCUAGUUCAAUUGUCGCCCUCUCCAAACAGACACUGGACACAGUCUACACUGACUCUGCGUAAAUAUCUCACCUUCUAAACCAAAACAAUGAUACUUUAAAAUAAACGUUGCAUCAUUUUCUGCCAGCUGAGGUCCAAGCAUUGAUGUCUCAUAUGCUGAAGAGGUUUACAGCUGAUUUAUAGACACUACACUGAUCAGUGUUGACCAAAUGUCUCCCUCCUUAACCCAAUCCAUGUGACCAUUCUUUACAUUCCCAUUCAACUCACUGCACUUUCACUUGUCAGUCAUUAAAGAGUCGAAUGGUAGCAGAAGCACUUUUUAAAAAAAAAAAACAUGUAAUUCAGUCAGAGCCAAUGAUCUGUGGUCUUAAUAU